UGCUGCGUUGCCAUCUGCUGUGACUUCAUUGCAAGCCUCGCAACAGCUGGUGUUUGUCUCCCGGAGUCAGCUCAUUACCACAAAAUCUCCGCUUUCGUUUAAAACAACAAACAACUGAACCCAGCGCAUGGCAGCAAUAAAUUUCCCCGCAAUAAAAAUCCACACUUGGGUCCUGUGCCUGAUGGCCUGGAGCAACCCAGCCAGCCUCUCUUGCUAGCCUCCUGCGGAAGAUAAAUGGAUUAUCGGGCGACACCUAGUGGUGCAGAGCUACUCUUACACCGGGAAGUUACAGAGAGGGAGUGCCGCGGAGAGACCGAGACCGGAGCAGCAGAGAGCUGGUUUCCUUCUGGCACUGGAUGCUCCUCAUCAGUUUUCACGCCACACAAGCCCUGUACUGUACUCGAGGAAAACAGGGGAAAGGACGAUGGCACCACCAUUUCUGGGUGAUACCUGCCUGGGAUUUUAACCUUCUCCCUCCUGGCACAUCAAAAAGCAGCCUUUGCCAAGGUUCCCAGAAACGACUUCAUUGCUCCUUGCUAGCCAGACAGGUGCAGGCAAGUGCUGUUCAAUGCGGGCUUGGGGAUUUCUUCAGCACAACCACGAAGUGUAUAUGCUCUAAAUGCCUACAGUACAGAGAACUCUUGCAACUUCUUAUGUGAUGCAUUUGCACAAAGGGAGAAUUCCUCAUUUAAGAUGGGUAAUAAGCAAACGAUAUUUACUGAUGAACAGCUAGAUGCCUAUCAGGAUUGUACCUUCUUCACUCGGAAAGAAAUCCUUCGGUUGCAUGGCCGAUACCAUGAAAUGGCACCGAACAUUGUGCCCAUGGACUACACCAAGGAUCCAGAUGUUAAACUACCUAUACAGCUUAUAAUUAACAUGCCUGAACUAAAGGAGAACCCCUUCAAGGAAAGGAUUGUGGAGGCUUUCUCAGAGGAUGGAGACGGGAACCUCAGCUUCAAUGACUUCGUGGACAUGUUCUCUGUGCUCAGUGAAAUGGCUCCCAGAGAGCUCAAAGCAAUCUAUGCCUUUAAGAUCUAUGAUUUUAAUACAGAUAACUUCAUUUGUAAAUCUGACCUUGAAAAAAUCCUCAACAAGCUGACACGAGAAGAGCUAACAGCAGAAGAAAUAACUCUAGUUUGUGAGAAGGUGAUAGAAGAAGCUGAUAUGGAUGGUGAUGGGAAACUAGCAUUUGCAGACUUUGAAAAUAUGAUUUCCAAAGCACCAGACUUUCUCAGUACCUUCCACAUAAGAAUCUGAAGAUGUUGGUGUGAGCCACUGUUAUCAGAAAUGACUUGACAUCAGUCUUGCCUCUCUGAAUCUCAGGCACUUUGGGGGCUUUUGUCCUCUUAUUAUGGCUUCUUAGAACUCGGCAACAAGGACUGGAAUCAUUCUGGCCCAUGGGGGAAAGACUCAUCACUGAUCUACAAGACCUUUGGGAUGUCUACGUUUUUAUCUUCAGUGUUGUCCAACAAUGGCAUUCUGGAAAAGGGUGGUUGACUGAGUUUUUUUAAACAAAGAGAAUACUAUUAAAUGUAUUUCCCUGUAGUUUUUAUAUUUAUGAAAAUUUAAUAUUGUUCUUCAAAGCAAAAAAGAAAGACAGAUAUAAGCUAUGGUGACUUUCCCAGAGGUUAUUAACUGAAAGAAAGCACUGGCCUUAAAAUAAUGAGAUGCCUCCACCAUUGUGUUACACAGCUGGGGAUCAUGCAUGGAAAUAAUUUGAUUAAAAUUUGCAGUCAAGAUCAAGUUCAGGGUGUUGAAGACAACCACAUACUGGGUUUGCCAUUUAAGUCUGAAAAAUGUCAGGUUGCUGGGUUUGGUGCUUAACCCUCAACCAAUAUUUUAUGGAUUAUCAUAUCCUUAUGAAACUUGAAGUAUUUGCCUUUUGUACAACAUCUGCAUAAGUGAUUCACUUCUUCCCAAGACCAACUUUAAAUUGUGUCUUUGUUCUUCAAGUAGGUCUUUCCUUUUCUCAUGUUUUGGGCUGAUGAUGUUGGAUAGAAGAAUACUGUUAUCUGUAGCCCCAAGAAGCACAGAACCAGUACCAAGGACACAAAAAAGACAUUUUUUAAACCAGCUAUGCAAUUUUUCUCAUAAAAUGCAUGAAUGCAGCUCUGUAUUUCUCUCUCCUACCCCUCCUUUGUCAGCUUUGUCAUUCCUUUUUUAAAUUCCACUAUUGGUUAGGUACUGGAGCAUGACGACAAUCAUACUUGUAUAACUGUUCUAACAGUCAAUAGAAGGGCUCUGUCAUUUACAUGCCUUCUGUAUCAAAGUCACCUACAAUUAAAACAUCUGACUGAUUU